AUGGACACACAAGGAGCAAAGAAAAGACUGUAUGGGAAAUGGCAUUUAGUUUGCCAUUUUGCGUUGAUCACUUGUUUCUUGGAUACAGUCCGGGGACAGAUUCGAUACUCCAUCCCUGAGGAACUGGAGCAUGGAGCUUUUGUUGGCAACAUCGCAGAGGAUUUAGGCUUGGAUUUGGACAAGCUCUCUGCGCGCAGAUUCCGGAUAGUCUCGGGUGCCAAGAAGCAGUAUGUGGAGGUCAAUUUGGAAAAUGGAGUUGUAUUUGUCAAUGAAAGAAUAGACCGCGAAGAACUAUGCGAGCAGAGUUUGUCGUGUUCUUUCCACUUGCAAGUGGUCAUAGAAAACCCUCUGGAGCUGUACAGGGUAGAGAUGGAGAUUUUGGACGUGAACGAUAACUCUCCCAGUUUCCCGUGGACCGAGUUUAAUCUGGACAUAUCGGAGUCCGCUGCGCCAGGAUCCCGUUUCCCACUUGAGAGCGCACAGGACUUAGACGUCGGAUCCAACUCGCUCCGCACAUAUUUGCUGAGUGUAAACGAGCAUUUCCUUUUAGAUAUACAGACGCGCAGUGAUGGCAGCAAAUUUGCAGAACUCGUCCUACAAAGCCCACUGGACAGAGAACAACAAAGUGCGCAUCAAAUGGUCCUAACGGCGGUGGAUGGAGGCGCGCCGGAGAGAUCCGGCACUGCGCAAAUUGACAUCACCGUUUUGGAUGCAAACGAUAACGCGCCUGUAUUUGAUCAGUCCUUUUACAGAGUGAGGCUGGCUGAAAAUGCACCAAAAGGCACCGUGGUCAUAAAACUCAACGCGUCCGAUUUAGAUGAGGGUCCCAAUGCUGACAUCACCUACUCUUUCAGUGGCCACGCUCCCAUCAAAGUGCGCCAGCUUUUCAGCGUAGACUCGCGCACGGGGGAAAUCAAAGUGAAAGGAGUGAUAGAUUAUGAAAAAGCAAGAAUGCACGAAAUUUAUGUUCAGGCUAAAGAUAAAGGCCCCUCCGCUGUAGCAGUGCACUGUAAAGUGCUGGUGAACGUUUUGGAUAAAAAUGACAACCUCCCGGAAGUGAUCUUGACAUCUGUGUCCACACCUGUGCAAGAGGACGCACCCCCGGGGACGGUGAUAGCUGUCAUCAGCGUGAUGGAUAAAGACUCAGGUGAAAACGGGAAUGUAGACUGUGAGAUUCCCCAUCACGUGCCAUUUCAGCUCCACUCCUCCUUUAAGAACUAUUAUACAUUAGUAACUAGUGAUUUUCUGGACAGAGAGGCGGUGGCUGAGUACAACAUCACACUUACCGCGCGAGAUAUGGGCUCCCCACCUUUAUUCACCAGGAAAACUAUUCUGGUCCAAGUGUCUGAUGUGAAUGAUAACGCGCCUCACUUCAAACAGCCGUCCUAUACUGUGUAUUUGACUGAGAAUAAUGCUCCGGGUGCAUCCAUAUGCUCAGUGACUGCACUGGAUCCAGACUCUGGCCAAAAUGCAUAUCUCUCAUAUUCUAUCCUGGAGGGUGACAUACAGGGAAUGCCUGUGUCAACAUAUGUAUCCAUAAACUCUGACAACGGGAACAUUUACGCGCUGCGAUCUUUUGACCACGAACAACUUAAAAACUUUCAGAUAACAGUUCAAGCUCAAGACGCCGGGUUCCCGCCUCUAAACAACAACGUGUCAGUCAACAUCUUUAUUUUGGACCAAAACGAUAAUGCACCUGUGAUUGUUUCCCCAGUUGCGCAAAAUGGCUCUGCACCCACGGGAGCAGUGCCCAGGUCAGUUGACGCAGGUUACCUUGUCGCCAAAAUCAGCGCAGUGGACGCAGACGCAGGUCAAAACUCGCGUCUUUUUUACCAGAUGCUCCAAGCAACAGACCCGAGCUUGUUCACCAUUGCUCUGUACACAGGCGAAAUAAGGACACUACGCCAGUUGGUGGAGGAAGACGCUGCGAGGCACAGAUUGGUCAUACUUGUGAAGGACAAUGGUCAGCCGCCCCUCUCGGCCACUGUUUCCAUCAUUCUGUCAGUGGUUGACAGCCUGCCAGAUUUGCAGCCCGAUUUGGGUGACCUGUCACUAAGCCCGCAUCACAGCUCCAACUUCACCCUGUACUUAAUCGUGUCUCUGGGCGCAAUCUCCUUCACAUUUCUUGUGGCUAUCAUCGUCCUGGUUGCAGUGCGGAGACUGAAGGGCAGAGCGUCCAGCAGAGAGUCCAACUUCCCCUCCAUCACAGGCAGCUGCUGCUGCUGCUCUAACUCAGAAACCUCCACUCCCACAGAGGUGUUCAAAAAGUCCAAUUUAAAUAUUCGGAUGUCCACAGGUGCGUCCGGCUGCGCAGAGGCAAACAGCAACGGCACUCUUCCUCAAGUCUACUGCUAUAAAAUGUGUCUGACACCGGAGUCGUCAAAAAGUGACUUCAUGUUCCUCAAGCCUUGCAGCCCAGUGAUGUCGGUUCAACAGAAUAACGCCAAGAGCACAGAUUACCUCACUUCUGGCUGGAGCGCACUGGACCGUAAUGAACUGUUCAACAACAGAGCAGUAACCCCUAACGAGCAGCUUAAGUAUUCAAACAACGACUGGACCUUGACCAAAAACCAACGCAACUCAGCAUACAAGAGGUAUAGUUCAGCAAAUAUGGAGGGAACUCUAACUCGUCAACAAAGAUAUGAUGCCCAUGGGUUUUCCUGCUCUGUGGCACCACAGUACUGGACCUGGGGGAGCCAUAUGAAUGACUGCAAGAUAUCUCUUCAAGAGGGAACACUUCCUCACAACUCAUGGACUCCAAAGUACACUCAACCUCAUUCUGAACCACCAGACUACCAGCACAAUGUGUACAUACCUGGCACCACGUCUGACUACAGCACUCUGAAGUUGGCACCCAGAGGAGAACUGGAUGUGUACAACACUUUCUCUACUUUUGGAAAGAAAAAGAGAUUUAUCUCAAACUAUGAACAAUCUUUUGACACCGAUGACAGCCUCAUAGUGAGUAAUGACAUCUUCAAAUGA